GAUUUGUUCUGGGAGGCGCCUUUGGUGUCUUCACAGCUGGCAUCGACACCAACGUUGGGUUUGAUCCCAAGGAUCCGUAUCGCACGCCAACGGCUAAAGAGGUCCUCAAAGAUAUGGGGCAGCGAGGCAUAUCCUACGCCAAGAACUUCGCCAUCGUGGGGGCCAUAUUCUCCUGCACCGAAUGCGUGGUGGAGUCCUACCGCGGAAGGUCGGACUGGAAGAACAGCGUCAUCAGCGGCUGCAUCACGGGGGGAGCCAUCGGCUUCAGAGCUGGUCUGAAGGCCGGGGCUCUCGGCUGUGGCGGAUUUUCUGCUUUCUCCGCGGCCAUCGAUUACUACCUGCGGUGA